CCUUAUCUGCAUCCAUUUACCUGUAUCUCAUCAUCGGGGUUUCAUUUCAAGGGUUUCCCAAACCCCUGUUAUGGGGUUUCCGAUUUCCUUCUCGAGUCGGCGUUACUACGGUGUGUUCUCGCGAAAUUGCAUCUUCUCUAUUAAGGAGAGAGAUAAUUGACAGCUAGCUUUCAGCAAAAUUCUAGAUCCGGUGUUGCUACAGCACCUGAUAAGAAAUUGCAUUAGUACUUUUCACAAUUUUAGGGUUAGAAAUGCAUCGUUUCUUCUAAUUUCAGUUCCAGUUGGGGGUGUUGAUAAUUAUUUGAAGACUGAAAAACUCCCUACACCAUGAAUCAACAACCUUUGCUACUCGUACCUCGUGAUGACUCAGAAUAUAAAUUCCUAAUCACGCAGCAGCCGUAUGAAAUACGGCCAAGGGUGGCUAAGCAAGCCUCUCGGUGCAGCCGAGGUACAAAUGGCGCUUGUUCAGGAAUCAUCAAAACAAGUUGAAGAAAGCAACAUGUCUACGUCAAAACAAGUUGAAGAAUCAUCAAUUGAAAUUAGCAUGUCGACAUCAAAAGAAGUUGAAGAAUCAUCAGAAUCUGUUUCCACUUCAGAACGAUGUUGGGCAAACUAUAAGAAUGAAGCACUGUACUUUGGGUAUUCACCUUUGUUUGUUCACUUGGCUGCUGGGAGUUUAGAUGAUAAAGAAUUUUAUCAAUAUGUUGCUAAUCAUGAACAUCUUCUGAACAGUUUCUUGGAAGUGUACAAGUUAGCAGCAGAUCAAUAUGUUGAUGAUUCUGAUAAGGGUGGAGUAAUAAUGUGGAGCAAGAAUUGGAAAAGCACAAUUCUUUUGUUGAACAAAAACUGGUCUUAAACCCGCAGAAGAGAUCACUCUUCACUAUGCCACAGCGAAAUACGAAGAGUUCUUGUUUGCAACUGCUUCCGGUACAGCAGUCAAAAAUUCCUGCUUAUACUCUUGGUGCUAUGACGCCAAGCCUGAGACUCUAUGCCUUUCUUAGUAAGGAGAUGCAAAAAGUUGUCACUCCUUGUGUUAAUUCUCACCCAUACAGCAAGUGGUUCAAGGAAUAUUCUUAUAAAAAUUUCGAGAAAUCAUAUCUGCAUGCUGAGGUAUUGCUUGAUAAGCUAUGCAAUUCUUUGGCCCAGGAAGAGAUUGAAAUCGUAGAAAGGCUUUGUCGUCAUGCUAUGAGACUUGAAAUGGACUUCUUUUAUCCUCAACAGUCUGAGCAAACUCUGAUCAUCACAAUAUAUACAAAGCUAUGCAAUUCUUUGGCCCAGGAAGAGAUUGAAAUCGUAGAAAGGCUUUGUCGUCAUGCUAUGAGACUUGAAAUGGACUUCUUUUAUCCUCAACAGUCUGAGCAAACUCUGAUCAUCACAAUAUAUACAAAGCUUGAUCCUAAGGAGGAACGUCUGAUGCUAUUUGCGGAUUUUGAUUUUACAUGUACCAGUGUGGCUUCUUUGGAAAUAUUAGCAAACAUUGAAAUAUUGACUGCUCAAAAACCUGGUCAGCAACUGCAGGGUGAGGAUAGAGACGGACAUUCUCACAUUCCAUCAGUAGAUUUGAGUAAGACUUAUGAGCUUCUUUCCCAGCACCAGCAGUAUACUUCGGAGAAUGAUAAUUUCAUAGAGAAAAUUAUGCUCAGUAAAAAAGCUGUUAGUUUUGAUUAUGAAGGACUCUACAGUGCGCUUGGAAAGCUCUUAUCUCCUGAGGCUCAAGCAGUUUCAAGAGUAUUUGAUUCUGGUUUACUGAAGGGCAUAAGCUUGGAGGACAUAAAGCAAGCUGCCAAAAUGAUGCUUCAAAAUGGUUGCGUGAUUUUUUUUGAGAAGGUGAACAGCCUGGAUGUAUCUGACUAUCUAACUAGGUCAGCUCUUUCAGGUGGUACAGAAGGAUUAAGGGCUAUUCUCCGCCAAUUAUUUUCCCAGAAGCAUUUACUAGAAUCUGCAUCACAGGGUUGCAGCAGCAGCCCAGACGGAGGUGACGAGAAACAGGUGAAGAAGAUAAAGAACGACCUUGAGCCCUUUUGGAAAUGCUCGCAUUGUAACAGGGAUCUUGUUGCUAGAAACCUCACUACUUACUUCAAUGCAAGGUUUCUGAGGGUUAUUUAUCUGCGAGGGAGGGGGAUUGUAGGAGGAGCUGCUGCAGGAAACCCGGACUUAGCUGAAUUUGACCUACUGUGCCGCUUCUGCAGGUGCAUAGUAGGAUAUGGGUUUCUGAGACCUCUCCAUCAGCGGGUUCGGUAUUUGCUCAUGAGAGAAAGGGUGCACUAAGGUGUGAAUGAUCUGAAUUUGAGCCAUUUUUCUUCAUUGACAGUUUGACUGUUAGCCUGUAUUUGAUUAUUCUUACGGUCAACCAUUUCUUUGUAUACCGACUUGGUGGUAAACUUUCCAUUGUAGUUUGUCUCUUCAUCAUCUGAGAUUCUGUAUAUUUGAUUGACUUGAUGUUGUUUGGAGAUUUGCUGAAGUUUCUGUAUA